UUCAUCAGUCAUCCGUUGGGGACGUAUUUGUAAAGUGGGUGGCCCAGAGGGGAAGUUGGGGGAUGAUCGGCUCAGAUUGACCCCCCACUGAACUGCGAGGAAAGGGAGGAAACAGAGGGGUGGAGUGAAGGAGGAAAAUGAGAGGGAGUGAACAAGGGAGUGUGAAAGAAAGAGGCUGGAUGGACCUUCUGACAAGAGUGUUUAGUUAUGAAAACAAAAGUAUUGUAACAGAUGGCACCCUGGAAACCUCAUAACAGCGGAUUGGAACGGGACGGCGCAGCUUAUCGGAGUCGACGGAUGACUUACACACACACACACAAACUUUGGGAUAUAAGAUCUCCCUAGGAGGGUCUAACACCCAUUAGAGUUUGGAGACCAGCACUUUGAGUGCCAGUUCUUUGGGGUGAAAUAUGUUUUUACCACUGUGAUUUCUUAGAAGACCACUUAUUAAGAUGGGAAAAUAAACUUGUGGAGAUCAAGAACAAAUUUCCUGAUUUACGUUUGAACUUCACCAGCAAGGACUACAAACCAUUUUUGACCAGAAAUGGAAACCGCGGUACCUUUGGGAAUGUUUUACGACAAUGUGUCGGUUUUAGACCUGGAUGGCGCUGCGAUAAACAACGUUUACAUCCAGGAGGACUUUGAUGCUUUCAGCAUCACCAUGGCCGUAAUGUACCUGGCAGUGUGCAUUGUGGGAUUGGCCGGGAACUCGCUGGUCAUCAUCACCAUUCUGAAGCUGGAUAAAAUGUCUUCGGCGACCACCGUCUACAUUUUCAACUUGGCUUUGGCUGAUGGACUUUUCAUGGUAGGACUCCCGUUUAUUGCUAUCCAAAACUUCCAGGACCAGUGGAUCUUCGGAGAUGCCGUAUGUAAGCUGGUUAUGGUUCUGGAUGGCAUCAAUCAAUUCACAAGCGUGUUCUGCCUGACGGUGAUGAGCGUUGACCGCUAUAUGGCGCUUGUAGACCCGUUGCGCUUCGCUCGUUGGCGGACGCCGCGUCGGGCGAAGAUCAUCGCUGCAUUAAUGUGGUUUAUCUCUCUAUUUCCCGUUCUUCCCAUGGCUAUUCACUUUUCCGCCAACUACGGUUUGUGCACCGUUGACCCCCAUGUUGCAUCUGACACCUGGUGGUUGACCUUUCUCAGCUACACGUUUGUAUUGGGCUUUGCCUUGCCCUUCACCGUAAUGAUUGUGUUUUACACAGCGCUGUUGGUGACUCUGAGAAACACCACUUCUUCACUGGAGAGCCACCGGCUGGAGAAACAGGUAACCAAGAUGGUGGUGGCGGUUGUGUUGGUGUUUGGCGUCUGCUGGCUGCCGUUCUACGUCUUCAACUUUUGCUCUCUGCACCAGACGGAUUUGGCAUUGGAUUUCACUCGUGGCUUUGAGUUUGUGGUGCUGCUGUCGUAUUCGUGGAGCUGCGCCAAUCCAAUACUGUAUGCGUGUCUGUCAGAAACUUUUCGAAGGCAUUUCCACGCCCUCCUCUGUCCCCACAAGAGCUCACCGACACACUGUGACAGAGACACCGAGGGGUACGUCCUGCACGACACUAACGUACAAGCUUAGUUUUAAACAUUUAGAGGGUUUGUGUCGCAAUACAUUCCCACUUUGUAAACAGACAAUCCUUGCUUUCAGCGCCACUUUUUUGUAGUGCAAUUCAAAGUACGAGCAUGUGAGAUUGCCUUUGAUUCUGUGCCAUUAAGAAAAAUACAUGAGCAGACUGAGGCAUGAUAAGUGGCAAGUGGAAGACUAAUUUUUUCAGCACAAAAGCAAAGUAGACGUGGUUGAUUUCCAUGCAAUGGAAGGGCCGUGUUGUAAGGAUGAUUAUGCAAUUUCUGCCCUCCUGUACAAGUGCUGUCAAAUUGAUUGUGGACUUCUGGAUGAUGUCAUGGUUGUCAUGGCAUCCAGCUUGGACCAAAUAUUUGAGGAUUUUUGUGCGACUGUUGCUAAAUGACACAUGAAUAAGGAAUGUGGUUGUUAAUUUGUUUGAAAACAGUUGAUUUAUUUGAUGCUGAUAGCCAACACUGCCAUGGUUUAAAUAACCAAAUGUGUUACUAAUUGUUAAAAUAAAUUUAGUAAUUAAUAACACAUGGCCAUUUAAACACAUAUGUGUUUAUAUACAUACACACACAUACAUACAUACAUACAUACAUACAUACAUACACACACAGGGUAAUGUAUAUUUUGUUAUAUAUAUAUAUAUUUGUUUCCAUUUUUGGAAAUAUCUGUUAAAUAUGUUUUUGGUUUGACAGGAUGCCAUGUGAAGAAACCAAAAGUAAAUAUGCUUUUUAACUUUUUUGAUAAUAUAUUCUGAAUGUAUUGUAAUAUAUUAUGAAUAUUAUGCAUCAUUUACCCUUGUUUUCAAUGUAUCACAGUAUUUUGCCAAUAUUUAUGUAAAUGCUUUUAAUGCCAAUGUUUUACUUUAUUGCAUGUAUAGAAUAUUUGCAUAUAAUCAUCCAAAACUUAUUAUAUUACUUUCUACAUAUAUAAAUUAUCAUUGUGCAUAAACAUUAAAAUGUGCAGCUAAUGAAAGAGUGUGUAAUUCUCUUUGUUCAAGUAAGGAUACUGCAUUAUUUAAACAUUUAUAAAUGUCUGAAGCAAAGUUUUAU